GCAAAGCACAAGCACGGACGGGCCAUCGGCCUGCCCGCCCAAACGUCUCCCUUCCUUGCCCGAGUCGUCCCAGCCUUUUCCUCCGGCCUCCCCACACUACCCUCGAGCGCCGCUCCCCUCGGCACCCGUACAAAUCCACGCCGCCCUCCCACGAAACCCUAACCAGAACGCCCUCCACCUCACGAGGGAGGCAGUGGCGGCGUGGGCAACCGCGGCAAGAGGAGUAAGGAGACGAGAAGGAGCAGCAGCUGGAGAGGGCUGCGGCCUGCGCGGCAUUUGCGGCGAUGUCCGCGUCUAUGUGUCGGAAGCGGGCGUCCUCCUUCUCCGAGGAACACACCCACGCUGAGGCGUCGUCCUCACCGCCCUCCAAGCGCGCACGCUUCCGCGCAGACGGCGGCAGCCCCAGGCCGCGCGGCGUCGUCGACUCCGACCUGGUGGCCGUGAUCCGUGCGCGGUUCCCUUCCGUGAGGCUUGAGUUCAUUGAAAAGGCUCUGGAAGAAUGUGAAAAUGAUUUGGAUUCAGCAAUGAAGUAUUUACUUCCUCUACACUUAGAACCCACAGGAUAUAAUGUGGAUCCUGUGCAUCAAUCUCCCAAUGAAAUGUCUACUGAGGUUCAAGUGCCCAAUGAAGGUAUUGCAGAAUGUAAUGAAGUUCCUGCACCCGUAGGAAGUGUUCUUGGUGCAGAGAACCUUCAAUCAGGUAUCACCCAAUGGGUUGAGAUUCUUAUGAAUGAGAUGGCAAGUGCCUCUAAUUCAGAUGAUGCAAAGGCUCGUGCGUCAAUAGUACUGGAGGCUUAUGAAAAGUCCACGUCCUCUUGUAUCCGUACAGAAGCAAUGCAGAAAUAUCAGAAGGAUUUUUUGCUGUACAAGGAACAAUUUGAAGCUGUCAAUAAAGAAAAUACUAUUCUUAAGAAAGCUGUGGCAAUUCAACAUGAACGCCAGAAGGAGCAUGACGAGAGAAACCAGGAGCUUCAGCAACUAAAGCAGUUGGUUAUGCAGUACCGGGAACAAAUUAGAAGUCUCGAGAUAAACAACUACGCCUUGUCCAUGCACCUCAGACAAUCUCAGCAGGGCAACUCGAUUCCAGGGCACUUUCAUCGGGACAUUUUGUGAAACCAGAAGCCCAAUACCAGGUCUCAGCAUGAGGACAAGUUGCAGGUCUUGUUGUUACUGGCUAUAUUUAAGAUAUUAUAGGCAAGUGAUACCACAGGUUGAUUUAUGGUGAUGUUAGACCAUUGUACCUCUGUAUAGUGUGCUGAUUCCCUCUCCCAUGGGGAGGGAGGGAAGGCAGCCCAGCCUGAGUCGUGCUGUUGUCUAAGAACAGACAUAAUGUUAUAAGUUUGAAAGUAAGUAGAAAAACACAUUAGAUCAACACAGAUAUGCGGUUUUUCAUGUUGUGUCGGUGAUCACAAAAUGUUCAGUUUUGCUCAUGCUGUUACGGGGAACGUGUGGCUUUUUCCCUGUAAGUGUUAGCUGUUGCAAGCUGCACAAGUUACUCCAGUAAGUUUGUGGCGUGUUA